UCUUUUGUUUAGAACAAAAAAAAGUUUGGUUAUGAUGACUGUAUUUACGUAUAUUAUUCGAUGUGCAAAAUAAUAAUUGCUUAUUGUUUAUUAGUGAAUUUAUCGUCAAAAUGAAUAAUGAAACAGAUCUUAAUUCUGUUUCAAAUCCAUCUCCCGUGUCAUGUAUCACGAUAGAAGAUGACAACGAUGAAAUAGAAGUGAUAGACCUCGAUGAUGAAAUCGAGGAUGAUGAACCUACUUAUUCAUUCCAAGAAAACAAUGACUCGGUUACAUUAACCGAGCCAUUAAAUACAUCAAAUAAUGUUGAUGCUAAUAUUGAGGAUUUUAAUUUAUCUGAUCCUUUAAUUACCGAUUCUAAUGAAAAUAAUACAGAUGCAGAAUAUAACGAUGAUAAUGAAGCUGCAAAACAAGUCAGAUCACGAAUUUCAUUAUGUUCACACAGAUGUUAUUUAAAAGUAACAGAGGAAGAUCAAAAGAAAGCCUAUAACGAAAUGUGUUCGAGAAAAACUCAACUCUUAAAAUUCGAAUUACUGAGUCAAUUAAUUGACUCACACUAUAAAACAGCGAGCAAUCGUAAUUUUUCGAGAUUUUUUCUUCACACAAAGGAACCACGUAAAAAUAUUUGCAAAAUGUGCUUCAUGUGUAGUCUUCACAUUUCUCGUGAUUUUCUCAAUCUUUAUUUUCGAUACACAUUUGCAUUUAAUAGACCGGUAAAGAAAAGAAUUCCUAAAGACAUCGCACUUAUCGACACUCAAAUUUCUGAGGACACGAAGAAUUUAGAUAUUACUGACGAGAACGCUCUUGAUGAGGAUGAAGUUACGUUAAGGGAUAAAAUAUUACAACUUGGUUGGAAGAGAAUUCCUGAAUGUGAAAGCAAUUGCUCCUCAGGUGUAUCACAUGAAGAACAUAAGCGUAUUUUCAUUUCUUACUGGUUGAGAACGUCAAGAGAAGAAAGAUACAAAUUUAUUUCCGACAUGACCGACAUUUCUUACAAUAAGUCAAUAGUCACAUUUACCUAUCAUCUUUAUACAAAUCAGGGCCUCGUAAAACUUUGUAAAUCAUGUUUUCGUAUUGCCCUUAACGAAACCGAAUCCUUCAUUCGUCAAGCCUUGAAAAUAAAAUGCUUUAAAUUGCAAUCUUCGAAUGUUCAUGGAAGGAGCAUAUUCAAGAAAUUUACACAAGAAAUUAUUGAUUUGGAAAUUGAAACAAUUGACAUUGAUUCAAACACUAAUAAUUGUGAUAAUAUAAAAAAUUCGAAUGAUAUAAAUGAGAAAACGAAUUCCACCAAUUUGAGCGAAGACAAUUUGAGCGAUAAAAAAGAUUCGAACGAUGAAAACAAUGAGAAAAAAGAUUUUUGCAAUGAAAACAAUCAAGAAGAAAACAAUGUUGAAGAUAAUAACAAUAUGGAAAGUGAAUUAAAAAAAUUAAACUCAGAAGAUUCGAACGAUUUCGAUGAUAUAUUCGAAACAAUGGAAAAUUUGAAAUACUCGACCGUUGACAAAUAUUUGGAGGAUAAAUACAAUAUUAGAUUAUCAUCGCGUGGAUGUGGUUGCUAUUUAAAUAUAACAAGAGAUCAUAGCAAGCGUGGUUAUUAUUCUUAUUGGAAAAAGUCAAUAGCUACAAGAAUCAAGUUUAUAAAAGAUAACACUGAAUUUCCAAGAAGUACAUGGAAAUGUCCAAAACAAGCUCUCCGACGUACUAAAUUCUUCUUUUACUGUUCACGCGGAAGACGUAAAAUUUGUAAAGUUUGCUUCCUCUCAAUUCUUGACAUUUCAAAAAUAUUUUUGGAUUUAGUGAUGGAGGAGAUUGCCAAUAAACAAAGGGAUAAUUCAGUAACAUUAGGUUCAAUUGAAAUUGACAAAAUUACUGGAUCAGAAAAGGCAUUAAAUAAUGAUAUUCUCAUUGAGAGUAAAUUAUCACAAGGUUGGAUUUGUUUGGAAAAGUGUAAAUUUAAUUGUUUCAAAAAAAUAUCAGUGGAGGAACAAGAAAAUGUAUUUAACAUCUAUUGGCGGGAUUCGACUCCUGAAUCAAGAUUCGCAUUUAUAAGCGAAAUGAUUGAAAUUAUAAAAAGAGUUAAUUUUCAUCAUAUUUUUUACCUCAUCACAAGCAGAGGGAAAGUGAGAGUAUGUAAAGGAUGUUUUCGUGCAACAAUUAACGAAUCAAAAGAAUACGUUGUGGAUGUUAUGCGAAAAAAAUACCAAACUGCCGUCUCUACAUUUUCUCUAAUAUUUAACAAAUUACACCAAGGCAAUGUGGACGGGAAUUUUCAAAUUAAUAGCAUGAAUCGUCAAGCGCUUUCCACGUCAUCAACAAAAAAUGAUAACGCUGAUGGAAAUAAAGAUAUUGAUAUCGAUGACAUAGACGACACUGAUGAUGAUGACGACGAAGAUGAAUAUGAUGAGAAGGAGAAGGAGAAGAAUAAUACCAAUGAAGAUAUUAUUGAUGAAUCAAUGUUAAAAGACACAAAUGUUAAUACACUACGUGAUAUUGAAUUAUUCAAUCCUCACAUACCAUUAAAGGAUUGUUCACGUGGAUGUAAUUUGUGGAUAACAGAAGAGAGGCAAAUGGAAAUUUUCCAAUGCUAUACGAAAAAUGCAACAGACGAAAUGAAAAAGAAGUUUAUACGGGAAAUGACUGAAGUAAAACCAACAAUAGCAAACUCGAAUAAACGUUUCAUAACAAAUUUUUAUCUUUAUUCAAACUCAUUGAUGAAAAUGCAAAAAGUAUGUAAAGAGUGUUUUAUAGCUAUUCUACAUGAAGGUGUUUAUUUCAUUCAAAAAAUUAUCGAGGAAACUUUCUUUUCAAAUAAAAUAAAUUCAACUAUCUCUCAACUCGAUUCAUCAGAAAAUCAUCAUUUAAAAAUCAAAAAUACCAACGACACUACUGAUAGUGAAAAUUGCAAAUGUCAAACGAAAUCAACAGAAAAAUGGACUCCAUUACUUCCUUGUAUCAAUGAUUGUCAUUUGAAAUUAACAGAAAUUGAGCAGAGAAAUAUUUUUCUCACUUAUUGGCAAGAAAAAUUAUUUGAGUCACGAUCUAAUUUCAUUAAUCGUCGAACGGAACUUACUCUUCAAGAAAAUUGUGAACCAGAUUCAAAUAGAAUAAUAUUUCAAACUGAAUAUCAUUUUGUCACUCAACGAGGUCGUCAGAAAGUUUGCAAAUAUUGUUUCUAUCACAUUCUCGACGUAUCCAAAGUCUUUGUAACGGCAAUUUUAAACCAAAAACUCUACAAUAUGAUAAAACUCAACAUAAUUCCCGUAAAGCCAAACGUGUCAUUUAUAUUUUCCGAUGACGAAUCACUUCAACCACGAACGUCUGAAUUAGAAAAUCAAGUUGCUUGCAAUUAUUGUAUCACACAUUGUGAGAUAAAAAUUGAACAAGGUAUGCCAUCGUUAUUUCCAUGUAACAAUUUAUGUCACAUAAAAUUAUCAAAAACCGACAAGAAUCGAGUCUUCUACGAUUAUUAUUGUCAGGAAAAAACAAUUGAAGUGAGAGAGAAAUUCAUUUGCGAUAUGUUGAAAAAUAUUACAAUUAUAAAGAAAAAUGAUUUAGCAAAUAAAAAUCAACAGAAUGAAAUUGAAUUUUGCCUUCACACUGAACAGACAAUUGUCACAGUUUGUAAUACAUGCUUUGCAAGAAUCAUAAAAGAAUCACAAGAAUUCAUUGAAAACGCUAUCAAAAAUAAAACAAUUAAAUACGAAGAUCAGCUUAAAUUAAAAAACAGUCAAAUCUAUCAAAGCACGACAAAAUCUAAUGAAUCUAUCUCGGAGAAUGUGACACCGCAUUUUUUAAAUGUCGACACUAGUGUCAACAGCGAUGGCGAGUUUCAAGAAGACAAUAAUUUAUCAAAUAAUAAACAUGAAGUAUUAAUUGAAAAGGAACAACAUUUUGAAGAAGUUAUAUUGAAAGUAGAAGCUGUGGAUGAAACUUCCUUCUCAGAUGAAAAUAUGGAACCAGAAACCGAAAAAUUAGAAGACGAUGAAAAUCAGGAAUUAGUGGAUGAAACAAAUUUUCAAGAUGUAGAAAUGAAAAGCUAUGAAUUAGAAGAGACUAGUACUGUAAAAAUUGAUGAUACAAAGUCUUUAAAUAAUUCUUGUACAUUAAAGACAAAAAAUGAAGGAGAAACUGUUUCCCCAGAUAUGGGAGAGAAGCUCGAAGAAAGAAUCACUGAAGAAAGUGUCAAAGAAAAAAUUCUUUUUGAUGAUUUCGCAAUAAAAACAGAAUGUAAAGAAGAAAAUAUUGUCAUAGAUGAAAAUUCAAAGAGCGAUUUAAAUCAAGUAACACAUCCGACAAUAUCGCCUCUAAAGAGAAAAGCGAGACAAAUUUCUAAUGAAGAUAACGAAGAAUCAUUCCUAGGAUUAUCAAUCAUAAAAGAAGAAGUAGAUCUCGAAACUGAUCCUUAUUUGGAAGAAGAAAAAUAUGAAGGUCCAUCGGAAAAAAUUGCAAAAACAGAUUUUCUCAAUCCUAACAAUAUUUCUGAUCAAGCAAAUAAGAAAUUAAAUAUUCAAGUAGUAAAUAUAAAACAAGAGCCAAUAGUUUAUAAAAUACCAUUAAAAGAAGCGGGAAAAAUUCAAGGAAUAAUACUCAAGAAAAGAGGAGGAGGAGGUGGAAGAAGAUCUAGAAGAAAAACAAUCAUCGAACCAAAUAUUAAGACAAAAAUAAAAAAGCCACAAUACAAUUAUCAUAAACUCAAAGCAGUACAGGAAUCAUUCAUUGAAAAUGAAAUGGAAAAUAUACUAAAAAAAGUUCCAAACGAAAAUUUAAAAAAUCUGACUGCUUGUGAAGAGCCAUCUCAAAAUGAUAUUGAAAAAGUUGAACAGCACAUUAAAAAAUUCCCCCUCUGUGAAAGUUAUCAUUACAACGUAACAACGUCGGAAAAAUAUCUUCCAAUGGGAUUAACAUCGAAAAUAAUGUACGAUCUCUAUAAACAGGAAGUUUCACAGCCAGUCAGCAGUAUUUGGUACAAUAAAUUAUUAGAGAAAACUGAAUUAAAAUUUCGUUCAUCAUUCUUAACAAAAUGCGAUGUUUGCACUGCAUUUGAUGAUCAAUACAAAAAUGCUAUUCAUUCAAUUGAAAAAAGUAAAAUCUAUUCAAAUCGCACUGCACAUAUCAUCGAUUCCGAGGAGGCAAAUAAUUCCCAAACAUUAGACGAGCGCACUGCUAUUAAAGACAAAAGCUAUCACGUCUGUUCUUUUGGUUUUCAACAAAGUUUACCAACGCCUUAUCUCACUGAACAAAUUUCCUUCUACAAGCAACGUUUAUGGACCUACAAUUUCACAAUACGUAAUCAUCACAUGAAAAAAAAUAGAGAUUUCCGUAAACUUUAUUUCUGGCACGAACAUCAAGGUACAAGAUCAAUCAACGAAGUUGCCUCCUGUUUGUAUUCAUACUUAAAUUCUCUAUCCGAUCGUAUAAGAAACAUUGUUUUCUACUCCAUCAGCAAUGAUUUAACCACAAACAAAACUCUCGCCGCAAUGUUUUUAUACGUAGUAGCAAAUCACGAGAAACUUGAAAGUAUUGAGCACAAAUUCCUAACUUCCGGUCAUUCACAAAUUGAAGUCUAUCUCGGAGGUAAAAAUGUCCAGGAAUUAAUGACCAAACAUCAGGAUACAAUUCACGAGCCAAACGAUUGGCUCGAGGCCUUUAAAAAAUCCACUAGAAAAUCAGAAUACGAAAUAAGGAAUGAAACCAAUUUUUAUGAUUUCGACGAAAUUCGUAAUGAAAUUUUCAGCGAGAGUCAUCAAUUUACCAGUGAAGAAAAUAUCAAAUGUUUACGAUACACAAAACAGGGGAUCUAUUACAAAACAGGUUGGUCAUCGUCAAAUCGAUUUCAACUCAUGGAUUUAAAUGGUUCAUUAAUAAUUCUCAAAGCAAUGAAAUUAAAAAAUCUCCCACGAAUUUCAAUCAGCGAAGAGAAGAAAAUGGAUCUUUUGGAUUUAGUACCAUUUCUCUUAACGAAAGCACACAAUUUUUACAAGAAAUUAUUAACCGGUGAAUUGGACAAUGAUGAUGAAAAAUGUAAAGAAAUUACAAACAAUGAUGCAACAAUUUCGACCGACGAAAUUUCUAUUAUUGAGGAAGAAGCAAAAGAAUGUGAAAAUAUUCCCGAUGAAAAUGAUGAUAUUGAGGAAAUUUGUAUUAUAGAAAAUAAAAAUAAUGUUCUACCAAAAGUCAAUGAUCAACAAGAAGAGAAAGAUACCAAAUUACUUUACGAGAAUCCGCAUAAAAAUAACGAAUUUCAAUUAGUAUUAAUUAAAGAAGACGAAUUUGAACAACCAUAGUCAAAAAUAUAAAUUAAUAUAUUUAAAAAAAAAUACCAACUGUAAUUGUUUGUACAUUAUAGUCAAUCGUUUGUUUAAUGUAUGACAAAUUAAAAAUGUUUCCAUUAAAAUUAUUUUCUAUUUAAA